AUGUUGUCUUCUACCGUACUGCCUGUCCUAAUUCUCCUGAUCACUCUGUGUCUCGCUGCCGCAACAGAAGACCUCUACAAAAUCCUCCAACUCGAUAAAUCAUGUAACGAUCGAGAUCUGAAACGAGCCUACCGUACUCUUAGCAAGAAAUAUCACCCAGACAAAGCCAGCGGGGAUGAGCAGAAAUUUCUGCAAGUUGCCGAAGCAUACGAGGCACUCUCCGACCCUACAAGUCGCAAGAUCUACGACCAAUACGGCCAUGAAGGACUAGCAAACCACAAACGUGGAGGAGGACAGCAGGCGCAUAAUCCCUUUGACCUAUUCUCGCAAUUCUUCGGUGGAAGCGGACGACAACAGCAGGGUGUCAGAAGAGGUCAAGACAUGGAGGUGAAACUAAGUGUACCAUUAAGAGAUUUCUACACUGGUAACGAAGUGGCAUUCAGUCUCGAGAAACAGCAAAUCUGCGACACCUGCAGCGGCUCAGGCUCCGCCGACGGCGUAGUCGAAACAUGCAGCAAAUGCAACGGCCGCGGCAUCGUAAUCCAGAAACACAUGCUCGCCCCAGGAAUGUUUCAACAAAUCCAAACCCACUGCGACGCGUGCGGUGGCCAAGGCAAAACCAUCAAGAAACCCUGCAAGACCUGCAACGGCCAAAAAGUCGUCCGCAAACCCAUUCACCUCGUCGCCGAAAUAGAACCGGGUAUGCCCAAGGGCCACAAAAUCGUCUUUGAAAACGAAGCAGAAGAACACCCCGACUAUGUCGCUGGCAACCUCAACGUAAUGAUAGCAGAACUCGACCCACACCUCUCAACCGAAGAAUCCGACGAAGCCACCAGAAAACACAGGACUGACGGAACGUUUUUCCGCCGCAAAGGUCGAGAUCUCUACUGGAGAGAAAUCCUCAGUCUCCGCGAAGCCUGGAUGGGCGACUGGACACGGAACCUCACACAUCUAGACGGACAUAUUGUGCCACUAUCACGCAAGCGAGGACAAGUCGUACAGCCAGGGCAAGUCGACGCCAUCAACGACGAAGGCAUGCCGACCUGGCACGACGGCCACGUCCACGAACACGAUGAGAACCACGCAUCGCAUGGCCGGUUGUUCGUGGAAUAUACUGUAGUACUACCGGAUCAAAUGGCGGGCGCAAUGGAGAAGGAGUUCUGGGCUGUGUGGGAGAAGUGGAGGAAAAAGAAUGGCGUUGAUUUGUUGACGGAUAGUGGGAGGCCGAUACCUGGCGGGAAGGAGGGGGUUAAAGAUGAGUUAUAG